AGCAACUAGAACAAUAACUGUUUUGCCAAGUGUUACUUCUCUAACUGGAGAAGGAAGGGGUGUAAAGAGAGGACCUAGUCUCAGACCACUUGUGAUCCAGUCGUCCGAGUGCUCACACUUACAAUGGCGAAUGAACUGUCUGCAAGGGAUAUUGAGAGGGCGAACCAGGUGUUCGACGUAUACGACUUUAUUGGAAAUGAAACCAUUGAUGCCAAAAACCUUGGAGAUGCCCUGCGUGCCCUCAACCUGAACCCCACCCUCGCGUUCAUCGAGAAACUUGGUGGCACCAAGAAGAAGGGAGAGAAAACUCUGAAGAUCAACGAGUUCCUGGCUCUCUUCAAGGAAGCCAAGGCCAACAAGGAUGUCGGAAACUUUGAUGACUUCAUGGAGUGUCUGAAACUGUACGACAAGCAGGAUGACGGCAAGAUGCUGGCCGCUGAGCUCCAGCACAUCCUCAUGGCCAUUGGUGGCAACGAGCGCUUGGACGAACUCGAGUGCGCUCACAUCCUGAAAGACUGCAUGGAAGCUGAGGAUGAGGACGGGUUCACUCCUUACCUCCCUUUCGUCAAGAAGUUCAUGUCAUAAAAACACAAGCCAAUCAUCAAUCAUUUCAUUCUCAUUUGUGGUUAAACAACUCCACCGAGCACUGGACAUCUUUAUAACAUCUAAGACCACCAAAAGAGUGCCAAAACAAGCUGAACAUCUGGCCUGUUGAAAAUCAUCAUCAUCACAAGUUACAGAUCCGUUUUUAACAACAUAUCAUAUUUACAAAUAAAUUCGUUGUCAUAA